ACAUGUAGUAAGCCUCUUGUGACCUAUUUUUGCAAGAACGCUACAAUGUAAUAACCAUUUAUUGGAUGCAGGCCUCAAAUUUAUCCUCAAUCUAUGUGUUGUUGAAGCUGGUUGGUAAGGAUGUGAGCAUUUUGGGUGAUUAUAAUGGUUCGCCUGGGCAAGGUGUGUGCUGUCCUGCUCCAGGGUUGAGCUCACUGACUGCUUCCUCAAAUCUGCAAAAUAAACACACCGGCUCUAUUUCAUUAACAGAACGAGACUCGGAAGCUAGCGAACAUCCGUAUUCUCUCUCGUGCUGUGAGCUAGCUAGCGGAAGAGUCAGUCUCAUCCGUAUAAAAACAACGUCAAUUCUUAAACACGUUGUCGCCACACAGAUUUGGUCGACAUUCAGAAAGGAAGCAUAUUUGAUCCGUCAUCUAGCGGGAAGGAAACGGGGUUGAGCAGAGACUAAAAUGGAAAAGCACUCGGUUGGAGGAGGAGAUAGCCCUGCGCUGCCAGGAGUACCGAAUCGAAACAACCAGCCACGAACGCUGGCCAACUCUGGAUCGACACAGGCUAGCGUGGAGACAUUGGACAGUCCUACAGGUUCUCAUGUGGAGUGGUGUAAGCAGCUGAUAGCAGCCACCAUCUCCAGCCAGAUAUCAUCCAUAACCCCAGACACUGCAUCCAGAGACUUCAAGGUUGGGAGAAGGACAGAUCUCCCAAGGGUGUCCAAGAGGCCUGUUUUCAGGGCUCUCAGAGACGGAACCAAGCAGGUCCAGAUGGACGAGGUUCCACUGGUUCCGGGAGAGACCAUCAAGGCUGUGGCCAAGGAUGUGAUGUACAUCUGUCCCUUCACUGGCUUGGUGACAGGAACCCUCACCAGCACUGACUAUAAACUAUACUUUAUCAGCCUGGAGAGGGAUACUCCCUUCAUCCUGGAUGUGAACCUGGGAGCGAUCAGUCGUCUCGAGACCAUCAGUGUCCAGAGUCAUGGAGAGAACACACAGGGCAUGGAGAUAGUCUGUAAGGACAUGCGUAGUCCCCGGUUUGCCUAUAAGAAGGAGGACGCCAGCCAACCAGAGAUAGUGGAGGUUUUAACAAAACACACCUUCCCCCUAUCAAAUGGCCUGCCCUUGUUUGCCUUCCUGUAUAAGGAGAAGUUUCUUGUGGACGGAUGGAAGGUGUACGAUCCCAUAUCUGAGUACAAGAGACAGGGUCUUCCCAACGAGAGUUGGGCCAUCAGUAAGAUGAACAGUAGUUAUGAGGUGUGUGACACCUACCCUGCCCUGCUGGUCAUCCCCACGAGCAUCAAGGACGACGACCUCAAACGAGUUGUGGCCUUCAGGGCCAGGCACCGCAUACCGGUAUUGUCAUGGAUCCACCCGGAGAGCCAGGCCACUAUAGUGCGUAGCAGUCAGCCUUUAGUGGGACCCUCUGACCGGCGCUGUAAGGAGGACGAAAGAUACCUCCAGACCAUCAUGGAUGCUAACGCACAGUCUCACAAACUCACCAUAUUUGACGCCCGACAGAGCAGCGUGGCAGACAACAACAAGGCUAAAGAUGGUGGUUAUGAGAGUGAGAGUUUCUAUCCCAACGUGGAACUCAACUUCCUGGAGAUCCCCAACAUCCACGUGAUGAGGGAGUCACUGAGGAAACUGAAAGAAGUGGUCUACCCUAGUACAGACGAGGCCCACUGGCACUCUGCAGUCGACCAGACACACUGGCUAGAGUACAUGCGGGUCCUCCUUGCGGGUGCAGUGCGUAUAGCUGACAAGCUGGAGUCUGGUAAAACCUCUGUGGUGGUCCACUGUAGUGAUGGGUGGGACCGGACAGCCCAGCUCACCUCUCUGGCCAUGCUGAUGCUGGACAGCCACUACCGCACCCUCAGGGGCUUCCAGGUACUGCUGGAGAAGGAGUGGAUCAGCUUCGGACACAAGUUCGCCGCGCGUGUGGGCCAUGGGGAUGAGAAUCAUGCCAACUCGGAGAGAUCACCUCUCUUCAUCCAAUUUAUAGACUGUGUCUGGCAGAUGACCCGACAGUUCCCUGCAGCAUUUGAGUUCAAUGAGUUGUUCCUAAUCACCAUUCUGGACCACCUCUACAGCUGCCUCUUUGGUACGUUCCUCUACAACAGCGAACAGGAGAGAGUCGUCAAUGAAGUCCAGACCAAGACAGUCUCUUUAUGGUCCUACAUCAACAGUCAACCAGAGGACUUCACCAACCCGUUCUAUGUGGACUAUGAGCACCACGUCCUGUACCCUCUGGCUAGUGUUCGACACCUGGAGCUGUGGACCGGGUAUUACGUGCGAUGGAACCCCCGUAUGAGGCCGCAGAUGCCAGUGCACCAGAACCUGAAGGAGUUGUUGUUCCUGAAAGCUGAGUUACAGAGGAAGGUUGAAGAGUUACAGAGAGAAGCAUCUUCAUCACACGGCUCUCUUUCCUCUUCAUCAGAACACACAUCAUCACCCUCGCACAGCGGGGGAACGCCCCUACACACCACCGUCUGAAUACACACACAUACCCCUACCAACACAUUUGUCUUUGUAUUCCCCAAGUGUUUUUAUCAUAGAGACAAUAAGUACACACUUGUAACAAAGUUUUGUUCUUGGUUGUAUUCAAAUAAGAGAAAAGAUAUAGGGUAAUGUAAUUGUUGAAAGAAAUAUUACAGUAUUAAGAGAAAUGCACCAUAAUAUUUUGUCGAACGUUGAAAGUGUAAAUAUAAAUAGAUGUAACUAAUAUAUUUAUACCUACCAAAAGUAUACUCUUUAAGAAUGACAACAAUUUCUAAUUGAAUUGAAUUCAUAGUUCUAAACUAUCAAUAGCACUUCUCAACUGCCACAUUCCAGUAAGCAUGUAUUAUCAACUCAAUGGCAGCCUAUUCCCUAUAGGUCCCGGUCAAAAGUAGUGCACUAUGUCGGGAAUAGGGUGCCAUUUGGAGUGUAGACUGAAUAAGAUCUCUAUCUCUCUGUACUAACUUAACCUGAUCCAGCUGUGCCAUAACUAUUCCUCUGUAAUAUAAUGUGCCCCCCCCCCCCUCUUCCUGUCCGUCCAUUUAAUGUGCCCUGACUGGAGGUUUACCUUUUUGCGUAUGUUGUGUUCCUAUCAACACGUUCCAUUGAAAGUCUGUGCACGUGUUUGUUUUUUUAACGUCAUUUUUUCCCCUAUUCAAUGUGUUUCAUUUCUAUGCAAUGGUGAUAUCCAUAUGAUCUGUAUUAUAUAUUGUAUUCUUGUUAUCUUUGGUAUUCCUUUGUGACUUUUCUUUCAUUGUGGUGACGCCAAGUCCUUAUUUUAGGUUACCAUUUGCACCGAGAUGCUCUCCUUGCCCUCUGCCGACGUUAAUCAAUGGUAAUGUGGUCUGAGCUCAUAUCCCCUUUGUGGCUUUGAAGACACACUGCAGCAAUACUGACAUCCUGUGAUACCCAUAUCCUUUUCCUUGAGGAUUAGAUCAAUAUCAUUUAAUAUCAUUUAAGUCUAACUAACCUUAAUGUCUUCGAUAUUGUGUAUGGUUCCUACUGUAUUAUGGUGGUUGUAGCUGUUUCCUGUGUCAUGUGAUGGUUAUAACCACUGUUUCCUGUGUCAAGUUUAUGUUCUCAUUACUGUGCUGCAACUUCAUUGAACUUUUCUGUGGUAAAUGUGAUUAUUUUCCAAUUAUUGUAACCUAUUGUUUUUCUCUUAGUUAUUUUUUUGGGUUGACAUGGUCAAAUAACUUAAGAAUAGAUUGGUAACAAAUGUUCUAAUUUGGCACACAAAACCUAGAGGCCAUGAGUAACUUGAUAAAUAAAUAAAACAUGUCAUCAACUGGCCUAUAGGUGGCGCUGUUAUAAGCAGUCUCACUUACCCCCUCAUAUCCAUCGCCCCGUUUGACCUAGAGACUUGAAACAUUGUACAUAGGUGAACAAAUUUGCUUCAAGGACCCAUAAGGUCAGGAUUGAUUUUCCUCCAUCUUGAAAAUGUACAAAAAACACCAAAUUCGGUAUGUAGGCCCAUCUUUUAACUUCGCGUGAGAAACGCUAAAGUACAUUGCGUCAAACUCAUUCCACGGAGGGCUGAGUGUCGGCAGGUUUUCGCUCCACCCUUGUACUUGAUUGAUGAAUUAAGAUCACUAAUUAAGGGGCGGCAGGUGGUUAGAGCGUGGGGCCAGUAAUUGAAAGGUUGCUGGAUCGAAUCCCGAGCUCACAAGGUAAAAAUCAGUCGUUCUGCUGGUGAGCAAGGCAGUUGAAGACGUGGACGUGGAUGUCUAGGCAGCCCCACCGCACCUCUGAUUCAGAUGGGUUGGGUUAAAUGCGGAAGACACAUUUCAGUUGAAUACAUUGUUGGACAACUGACUCGGAAUCCCUCUUUCCCUUUAUUAAGGAACCUGGUGGUCUUAAUUGAAAGGAAAAACCUGCAGACACUCGGCCCUCUGUUUGAUACCCCUGAUUGGUUAAGAGAUGGCUGAGUUAUUGAUAAAUCAGGAAAUUUGAUUUGACCUGUCUAUUUAUUUAUUUUCCUUUGUAAAUCCACUCCACAAUUGCCUGGAAUCAAAUGGAAAUGUUAAGUUUGGCAUUGAAAUUUAAAAAAGGAAACUUAACCAUUUAAAUGUUUAACUAUAUGCAUCAAAUAAUCAUAAAUCUUCUCAUGGACUAAAUGUCAGAAACUCAAUUUGGUAUUUGGACUCAUCACAAUAGUGCCUACGGAGUUUGAGAAAUAGUAUUAGCACAUAUUGUAAUAUGCUAAAAAAUACUUAAAAUCUUCUUCUGAACUAUAUGACUAAAUGACACCAAAUUGAAUGUAGGCCCAUAGUUUGAGAAAAGCUAAGGAAUUGGUCAAUAGAUGGCUGAGUUAUUGACAAAUCAAAAAUCUGAUUUUAUGUGUACAUUCAACUUGAAACUUGUCACUAUUUUGGUAUUCAUAUCUUAAUUUGGUAUUUAUAUUUUUAAAAACAAGGAAACUAUUAAUAGCAAAUAUUUAUUGAAUAUUCAAAACAUACAAUAUACUUGCAAGUGAAGCCGCUCAACAACUACAUCAUACCAGUCAUCCAACAGACUCCCAUUCAGAGCGACACAGAAGCAUCCAGGAUCAAUGCCCUGCUCAAGGGCACGUUGGCCGAUCUACCGCCAGGCCAAAAACUGAACCAGAACCCUCCCAAGAUUUCCCCCCCCCUCCCCCACAGUUACCCAAUAGCUGUCCCUCAACCAUUCGAGACCCCUCCCAAGAACUACAAUUAAUUCCAUUCCCACCUCCAAGAAUCCCCCAAUAACCAAGAGAAUGAACUCGAGAGAAAAAAAGGAAACGACAGAAGCAAACAACGCAAAAAAUAUAAUAAAACCAAAUAAUACAUUUAAAACAAAGGACAUCAAGGACAACUAAAAUCAUAACAGCAAUACCAACUGUAUAUGUUUGUGUGUGUUCUUGUAUGUGUUUAUUUGAAUGAGAGUGUGUAUAUGCAUGUGGACAAACACCUGCGUGGCAUCAGCCUCAGGCUGAUUCAAAUGUACUUUUUAUUAUGUUUCGAUUAUUUUAUGCCCCAAAUAUUCAACAUUUUGUUGGUGGCAAGAUUCUUUGCAGAUGUAACACUAAUGCUCAGAAUCAUCUGCAAUCAUAUUCUCAUGAACCGUAAUGGCAGAUUCACUCAAGAUGUUGUAUUUACAUCAUUACAUCAGUCUAAAUGGUUUUCACUAAAAAUAGUUGCAGUAUUCAGAUAUGGCCACACUGUACAUAUAGACGCACAUAUGCUAAUGCGAAAAAUACUUCCUUUUUUUUUUGCCGGCUGUUCGCACACAUCAAAAUGUUUCUUGAGGCAAGUCAGUCUGGUAGCCGAAGUCUACGCCCAUUGAUGGUCAACAGUACUACUCGUAGUAGGAGUGGGAACUAUGGAUGGGAUUCUUCAAUUAAGUGUUUUUUAUUCAAUGAGAGACAACUAGUUUUCAUGAGAAAAAAAUCACUUGAUAAAUACUGCACCAAACAUCCUAGUUAGAUGUACAAUUGCACGACUAAGACCAAAAAUGUCAACAUUAAUUACAGAAUUCUUGAUUUAUCUUAGAUUAAUUCAGACUUUUUUGAGGAAGUGUAUACUGGCUAUGUUGUUGCUAUGGCGUCUGAAGAGGGACAAACAGUAAUAUUGCAGCUUCACUCGUUUUUCAAGCAAAUGUCUUUUGGGGGCGUAUGCCAGUCACCGGAGUUGGCUUCGCCCACACCAGGGCUAUAAGAAAUGAACCGAUGGACAUGGGGCCAUGGAAUUUGGUAUUUAAACCGUAUGUAUAUGGGCCUUAGAAGCUAUGUGAAUAUUAAUUCACUGCUACCUUUAAAACAUAUAUAUUUUUAUUGAACAUUUAUCUAAAUAGGCAAGUCAUUAAGAGCGAAGUCUUAUUUACAAUGAUGACCAGCUAAACCUGGACGACGCUGCGGGUUGUGAUAUCACGGCCAGGUGUGAUACAGCCUGGACCUUAGUUGGCUGCACCAGACCAGUUGUUGGGACUAUAGAUGUCAGUGGCACCAUUGGAUACUAGAGCAAUAACUAUUGGUCAGGUGGACUUUGCCUCAUAAAAAUGUGUUAGAUUUCAAUUAUGCAGACAAACAAUGUGAAAUAUUGCAUAUUGUUGCCAUAAUACGUGGGUGGAACAUAGCCAAACCCUCCCCUAACCCGGAUUUAGCUGGGCAUAUUGUGCGACGCCUCAUGGGUCUCCCGGUCACGUCCGGCUGUGAGGGGGUAUGAUCUUUAACCCUCUUUCUCACUCAUCAUAAUUUUUUUAUUCAUUCAGGAUUAUCCGUAAUCAUGGUAGCAUCCACAUGAAUUUGGAUUAGAAAUAUUUACUGUUCUUAUUUAUAAUAAAAGUGACUCAAAUUACAAUUACACUUACCAUACAUUUCUAUUGGGCACAAAAUAAUCUGAAACACAACCAAAAUGAACUCACAAGCUAGAUGUAGCCAUUGCCUCCUAGGAAUAUGGGAUCAAAUGCUAAACCUUUGACUACUUUAUUGAUAAGCAUAUUUAGAAUUAAUUAUUGCUCAUCCUUAUCGAGGGUGUCAAUCAUUUCAAACCCCACUGUGUAUAAACUAUUUAGUUUAUUUUACUUUUAACUAAAAUGUUUUGAAGGAUUACCUGUUGCAUUCAAAGAUAACCAACCUACAGUACUAGACUAAACUUUACUUAGCUCAGUUGGUAGAGCAUGGCGCUUGUAACGCCAGGGUAGUGAGUUCGAUUCCCGGGACCACCCAUACGUAGAAUGUAUGCACACAUGACUGUAAGUCGCUUUGGAUAAAAGUGUCUGCUAAAUGGCAUAUAUUAUUAUUAUAUUAUUACUUGCAUCAUCCUUGUGGUAUUGAGAGAUAAACAUGGUAAUGCUUUCACUGAUUGAACAUAAAGUAAAUCAGGGAUCAUCAACUAGAUUCAGCUGCGGUCUGAUUUUUUUCUUGAGCAGAUGGUCACAGAUACUUUAUAAAUUGCCCGCAAGAAGGCCAAAAAAAUAUAAUACUUGACUAAAACAUAAUUUCAAACUUAGCUUACAAUUGUAUACGAUCACAUGUUAUGCUUGGGAAUAAUUAUAAUUAUGCUUCCAUAAUUAUAAUCACUUGGAGCUGAUUUGGUGUUUAUUUUAUGUCCAACAAUACAAAUGAAAUAAAACAUUUUUCUCAGAAAACUUGGGGGACCACAUAAAAUCACCUACGGGUCAAAUUUAGCCUGCGGGCCACCAGAUGGGGAACCCUGUCCUACAUGAUGGAGUGAUUGCUUUGUUAUCCAACUGAUCUUGUGUCUUUCCUGUCAUCCUGUGAACCCCGAUCAUUGCUGCUCACAGAUUUUUUUGCCAUGUGUUUAUUUUUCAGUCAUCUAACAUGUCAAGUAUUCGGUAUUAUCCUUUGGUGCUUCUGUGAAUACUCUAAAUGAAUCCCAACCCCCUUGGAAACAUGUCAUAUCUGCAUAUGAAGUAGCCUGAGUGCCUGUCUGUUUGUGUUAUCAUGCCUACUCCCUGUUACACCAAACUGUUUGUCUUGCCAACAACAGCAAUGGAGUUGGCAAGAACAGAAACAGACUUGCACCCAGUCCAGUGUUUGAGCCAUUGUCAAUAAAAACCUUCAGACAUUCCACAGAUAUAAAAAAUGAAA